UCGUGAUUAGUCUGCCAUUUUGCAGAAAUGGUGUUAGCACUCUCUCUGUUUACAAAUAGUUCAUGUUCUUGUUCUUCAAUGAUGUUUCAUCCAUACCCAUUAAACCUUUCGCAUUCCCUUCAACUCUCACUUCAUCCAACUCCAUCCUUGUAUCCUCAACAAGAAGCUCAAGCCUUGUUCUCCGUCACCAAAACAAACAUCAAAUCACAACCAUUAAACAAGGAAUGUUUCCGACCCUCCGAUCGUGCAUUCUUCCAGUGUCGCUGCAGUAGCUCACUCGCUCUUACUGACACAGCAGCCAUUAUAAACCCAGUGUCAUGUGUGUCUCUUAUUGACUCGUGUUUUGUUUCAGGGACGCUCUUCUCUUUGUUUCGAGAAAUGGGGAUUGGCUAUGAGGAAACCCAAUUGCUCUUGCUCAAUAACCCUGACCUUACAUUAGUGUCAAUUGAUUCAUUGCAUGCUCGGGUUCUUUGUCUGCAGUCUCUCGUGUUCGAUCGUGUUGCCCUUAAUCACUUGGUUAUGAAGCGUCCAACUGUACUAACAGCUAAGGGAAUUGACACCUUGUUAAACUUUUUAAGAGAUGAAUUGGAAGGACAGCUUGAACAAGCACAGCUGAAGCGCUUUUUAUCCGUUAUUGAACCAAGAUUCUUUGUGGGUUUUCCUCAAAAGGUCCAACUCCUUGUUGAUCGAGGAAUUCCUGUUGAUAAGAUUGUUCAUGUGCUUAACAAAAUAAAUUUGACAAAGGCACUUUGUCAUAGGUCAAUGGAUGAAAUUGAUAGGAUCAUAACUUUCCUAGAGCCCUUUGGUGGUAUUGGUUUGAUUGUAAGAUGGCCUGCAAUUCUCAACUACGAUUUGGAUAAUCAGCUGAUUCCAAAAAUCAAAGUCCUAACUGAGCUCAAUGGUGGAGAUGUGCGUGACGUUGGGAAAGUGCUUCAUAAGUUCCCAGCAAUUUUGAGUUAUAGUGUGAAACAUGUGGAGCAACAUGUUGAGCUCCUUAGGUCUUUUGCAGGCCUUGAUGACCAAGAGAUAUUUAGAAUAAUACUUGUAUACCCAGGAGUCGUUACUGCAAGCAGAGAGAGGAAACUGCGUCCUAGAAUACAAUUUCUCAAGGAAUGUGGGUUAGAUUCAGGUGAUAUCUCCAAGUUCUUGAUUAAAGCACCCUUGUUUCUAGCUCAUUCAUUCCGUGAGAACAUUGCCUUUAAACUUAUGUUUCUGGUCAAGAUUGGGUAUAAAUAUAGGACAAAGGAAUUGGCAACUGCAAUUGCAUUUACUACUAGGACAAGCUGUGAGAACAUGCAAAAGGUCAUCUGUCUAUUAUUGAGUUAUGGGUUUUCGUGUGAAGACAUUGUUACUAUGAGCAGGAAGCAGCCACAAAUAUUGCAGUAUAAUCAUACUUCUUUAGAAGAGAAGAUGGAGUACUUGAUAGAGGAGAUGGACCGUGACAUUGAGGAGUUACUAAUUUUUCCUGCUUUCCUUGGUUAUAAUUUUGAUAACAGGAUUAAGCAUAGGAAUGAAGUAAGAAAGAGUAUAAGCGGGGGACGAAUGUCUCUCUGUGAGCUUUCAACUCAGAGAUUUGGCAAACGAAAAUGA